AGCUGUGAAGAUGUAAGCCUACUUCAGUGAUUGUUGGAUUGAAAACGAUGGGUAGAAAAGAUGCCUCUACAGCAAGGACUCCUGUUGACCAGUACAGGAAACAAAUAGGAAAACAAGAUUAUAAGAAAACCAGGCCUAUGUUAAGAGCUACAAGAUUAAAAGCAGAGGCCAAGAAAACUGCACUAGGCGUAAAGGAAGUUGCCCUUGUCCUUGCAGCUAUACUGGUAUUUUUGUUGGCUUUCUACGCUUUCUUUUAUCUUAACAUUUCCAAUGAAGUUGACCUUGAUCUGGAUCCAGAUGAAAACUAGCAGAUGCAAUGAAUCUAUCACCAAGAUUUCUUCAGCUUGAACAAAACUACAUAGGAACACACAGUCUCUUCACUGUGAGACAGUAAAUGAUGCCAUUUCUUGCAGUCCAAAUUCAUAAGAAAGUUUUCCAAUACGUCAGUCACUUUCACAUUCCAGAUCUCCAAAAUAAGAGAACACUCAUGCCCGGCAAGUGUAUUUGGUUACCACCAAAGCCAGGAGCAGCAGUACAAUACAUGAAGUUUAUUGUUUACAUUAUUUUUUCUCAGGCAGAGAACUUUGAAGUCAAAAGACAGGUGCUAUUAUUAUCAUGGGUAUUGAUGCUGACUUCACAGGAGGAGAGUCUGCCUUGACUAAGUUUAGGAAUCAAAGCUUCCUAAUAGCCAAAUUAAGUUCCUUUUCCUUUCCCAAAAGAAAGCAGAAAUACCA